UACACUCGGAGACAGGGAAGAGUGCGGGACCAAAUACACUUGUACAGCCUUUUCACCGGGCGUCAAAUAAGAGAAACAGGGAUAAUGUCCAUCAGCCGGAAAAACUGGUCUGCUUUGUCAUCGCUGACUCGACAAUGGACUGUGGAGGAUGAUGAAGAGUUGGAGAGAGAGAAGAGGAGGAAGACAAGGGGCUCUAGCACUGGCGCGGACCCGGAUGAAAGUCCCACUGAAGAGACUAAACCAAAGACCAGUAGCGGGCCUGCUGAGACUGGUGAAUCUAGUGGCGACACCGGUGGCGGUCUGGGCCAGCUACAGUUUGACUUUGUGGAGAUGCUACGAGUCCGUGAUGAGCGAAGGAGGAUGAGGCACGUGGAGUCUCUGAGGAAGCACAAUGAGGAAGAGGAGGGGGUCAGAGACGACAGCUUAGAUGGGGAGCCUCAUGUGGAGUUGCUUGGAGAGAAGCAGGACGAGGAGCUCAGGGAUAAUAUUCAGUGUUGUGUGGAGGCCCUCAUGUCACCAGAGCCCUCAGAGACUCAUGAGAAGCAAAAUGGAAGCACAAACCAAGAUCUGACAUCACCAACUCCCACAAAAUCCUCUCGAAAAUUUGUGAGCUCUCUCUCCAUCUCCUUCGAUAAGAGUCCCUCAUCAUCUCUGGCAACCAGCAGAGCGUUUUCUCCUCUGAGCCCCAGGUCUCUAACCUCUCCCGAUCCAGGGGUGGAGCCACCGUACAGCCCCUCCAACUCAGGCUCUAUGAGCCCCACACCAAAUGAAGAUACGCUGACACGUGAGAAUGGGUCACCAAGCAAUUUCGAGCCAGCCCCAAAACCUGCUUUCACACGGCAGAGCUCCAGAACGGUGUCUUUUAGGAUGAUGAGGAAUAAGGAGGAAGACAGGAUGCCGAUGCCGUUGCAGAGAAGUGCAAGUGUGCGGACUGCAGCGAAGACCUUUGAAUCCAAUAAGAACCCCGACCAAGAGGAUGAGCAGCAGUCCCCAUUUCAGAGAAACUCCCGGCAAAGAAUAUCAUCUAGAUCCAUUCAGGAGAAAAUGGAAAGACUGGCUCAAGCUUCACAGAAAUGGGAGAUAGUCAAAUCGCCAACAGUUCAUAAGACUGUUUGUUUAGCGGACGAAGUGUCCCGGAAGAGGGAGCUGUUUGAGAAGGAGCAGGAGGGAUCGGAGAAAAUCCAAAUGUUCUCCAAACAGGACUUUUGCAGUUUUUCUUCUGGAAUUCCUGAUCGAAUCAGUCGUUGGGUUCAGAAGCAAACAUUUACCGUGUCGCCAUCUCAUAAUCCUUCGGAUCUCAGACACGUGAACAUCUCCGGUAAGAAAAGUUUGUUUGAAAGAGGACAAGAACAGGACCAUAAGUGACAUUCUCAUUGCUAAAGAUUCUGAAGAUUUUGAAGGAAGCAUGUUUGCAGUCAGUGCCAAUGAUUGUCUCUAAACUCCUUACUUUUGCUUAUUUACAUUGGCUAGUAAUUCAUCUGCACUUUUUAUAACAUUGUACUGAUUUGUGUUCUAAAUUAAAGGCUUGUGUUAUUGUUUGUAUCAUUUAGAUUUUUAUAAAGUACUGAUUGACUUCAAGAUACAACAGCAACUUAAUUACAAUAUCUUUGUAAAUAAAAUAAGAGCUGAGUUUUUCCAAAUGCACCUCUACUCAGAAAAUUAAUAUCACAGGGAUAGUUUUACCUAAUUUCUCAGGAUUACACCCAUACUACCAUUUUGUGUUGUUGCCAGACAAACUGCACCAUUGUAACACGAUAUACGCUGUCAGUGUAAGUUAUUAGAGGAAGUGUUUUUUAGUCUGGACAUAACUCAUAAUAUGUCAAAGCACAGUCAACUGUAAUAUGCUGAAUACUGUAGUUUAACCUACUCAAAGUAAGUUUUGAUGAAUUCUGGAAAUCAUAUACUGAAGCUGACCAUUGCAAUAUGUUUGCUGUUUUUUAUUUUUUUUUUCAACUUGCCAGAAACUCAAGUCACAAUAUAAAAAUGCAAUUAUAUGCCAAAAUGGACAUGCCCUAUCAAGCCCUUUGCUUUCUAACUCAGGAAAAGUUUGAUCCAUUCCAAUUCAACAAAAGCCUGUGUUUUUUCCUUUUUUUUUUUUUUAAACCUAAAUGACUUGUUAUUUAAUUGUGGCUUCUGCCCAGAAGGGUUAUCGUUAGAUGAAUAAAGGUGUUAUAC